AAAAGUAACCCGUUCACCUAAAAGCUUUGGCGAAACGAAACCGACUUUUUGAGAGUAGUUUGAGGACAAAUGGGUUUUCAUGCCAACCGUGACACAAAUAAAAAUAAAAAUAAAAAGGCAGCUUUUGAAGCAGUCGAAUUUCUGUGUAAUUUCUCUUUCUUGUGAAGUGUGAAUCUUCAAAUUAAAGAAAUACUAUCUUUUCUUGGGUGUUUGCUGGAGCUGGAUGUUCUCAAGCUGACCUGUGAAUGCAGAUCGAGUGGGGAAGUUUGGGAUUGCUAUAUAAAGAUUAUUGCAUAUUUUGUGUUUGAAUCUGGGGUUUGUGUUUGCCGCGAAAAGGUAGGCAGAGGGUCUGAACAUUUGUGGGAAUGAGUGAAUCCCAAGUGGGAUUUGUUGGAUUUGAAUUCUAGUUUUGAUGGUCUUGGACGGAGUAAGAUAAUAAAAUGUUGAGAUUUUGGAAGUUAUUAAGUUAAUGGUGUUUUUAGAUAAAAGGAUUUGAAGUUUUGGUACUAUUGAAAGCCUGAGAAGGAGGUGUUGGUCGUUUAGGUAUGGGGUCGAGUGAAGAGAGGCAUCAUUGUCGUCGUGAUCACAGCCUUGUGCCUCUAGCUGCAUUGAUCCGUAGAGAAAUGAAAAAUGAGAAGAUGGAGAAGCCGACUGUGAGAUAUGGGAAUGCAGCUCAGUCUAGGAAAGGGGAGGAUUAUUUUAUGAUGAAGACGGAUUGCCAGAGAAUUCCUGGAAAUCCUUCAUCAGCAUAUUCUGUAUUUGCGAUCUUCGAUGGACACAAUGGGAAUGCUGCAGCGAUUUUUUCAAGGGAUAAUUUGUUGAACCAUGUCUUGAAUGCCAUUCCUCAUGGGCUUGGGAGGGACGAAUGGCUUCAAGCUCUGCCUCGGGCACUGGUUGCUGGAUUUGUGAAAACUGACAAGGAGUUCCAGAGUAGAGGAGUAACUUCAGGAACCACAGUCACAUUUGUAAUUGUUGAUGGAUGGACUGUAACAGUUGCAUCUGUUGGAGACUCCCGCUGCAUUUUAGAUACCCAGGAUGGUGCUGUCUCUGUUUUGACUGUUGAUCACAGACUUGAAGAAAAUGUGGAGGAGAGGGAACGUGUAACUGCCAGUGGUGGCGAAGUUGGGAGGCUUAGCAUUUGUGGCGGUGCUGAGAUAGGUCCCCUCCGUUGUUGGCCUGGGGGUUUGUGCCUUUCAAGGUCAAUUGGAGACAUGGAUGUUGGAGAAUUCAUAGUUCCAAUACCAUAUGUCAAACAAGUGAAGCUUUCAAAUGCUGGUGGAAGGCUUAUAAUUGCUUCUGAUGGCAUCUGGGAUGCAUUAACCUCCGAUAUGGCUGCAAAAUCAUGCCGUGGGUUGCCUGCUGAACUUGCUUCUAGGCAAAUAGUGAAGGAAGCAUUGAGGACAAGGGGGCUGAAGGAUGACACAACCUGUAUAGUUGUUGACAUAAUUCCUCCUGAUAAUUCAGCACCACCUUCACCUCCUCCUAAAAAGCAAAACAAGCUCAGAGCUCUAUUGUUCAGAAAGAGGUCUCGGGAUUCUGCUAGUAAACUAUUGAAGAAGCUUUCAGCUGCUGGUAUAGUAGAAGAACUAUUUGAAGAAGGGUCAGCAAUGAUUGCUGAAAGAUUGGGAAAUGACGACUCCAAUCAAUCAACAUCUGGUCUCUUUGUGUGUGCCAUUUGCCAAGUUGACCUUGCUCCAAGAGAAGGCAUAUCCGUUCAUGCUGGUUUUAUGUUCUCCACAAGCUUAAAGCCUUGGCAAGGUCCUUUCCUUUGUACUGAUUGCCGUAACAAGAAGGAUGCGAUGGAAGGAAAACGACCUAGUGGGGUUAAAGUGGCAUAGCUCCCUUAUUGUUUUUCGCCGACUCUCUGAGUCUCUGUGUCCUCAUUUUUCACUAAUCCCCAUUUUUUUAGUGGCCUGGCAAUUGUUUGAAUCUUGCUAUCAUUUGCACAAAAUGUAAAAGUGAUUUUCUGGUAACGUAGAAUGAGUUCUAUCAUAAUCAUAUGAUGGGUGAAAAGGAUAUAAUCUUUAUAUUUCAGAAGCUUACUUGCUGGUUUAUUUUGUAGGAAAUGAUAUCAAUUGUAGGUUACUUGUUACCAUA